AUGGAUCUUGGAUAUCUUGAAAUCAGUCAUAUACCUUUUAAAGUGUUUUUUAACAGGGAUGCUUUUAAUAGUAAUAAAAGGCUUCCAUCAGAACAAUGUAAUAUCGACAUAAUAACACGCAUACAUUUUGGAAAACUUUUAAAAUCAAUUACAGAUAAAAAAGGGAAUGAUAUAAAUUCAUGGUUAGAAUACUAUGGAAAUGAAUUGAAAAUACUCUUAAAUUUCAUGCAAAAAAAAAAAAUUGCAAAAACAAAACGUGAUAAAUAUUGUAAAAAUUUAAAUUACAUUUUAGAUUUUGUUGUACAAGCAAUGGAAAACUUUAAGGAUUUUGAUUAUGUAAAGUGGACACAUAAAUUUGAGGAAACAAACAAAGCUGUAUUUCCAAAAUAUACAUCAUUAAAUUGUCAAAGAGACAUUCAUAAUUAUAAGGAUAAAAAUCUAUAUAUUAAGAAAUUAAUGUAUGAUUUAUUUGAUGAUAUUGAAUAUAUGUUAUCGAAUGAGAAAAUCCGAACUGGUAAACAAUGCUUUGAAAUGUUGGGUCGCAUUAAUUAUCGAUCGGGAAUACUUAUAGGCAUAUACAAUAAAGUUCGUAAUCCAAACAUUUUUACUUUGGAUAAUAAUUUCACACUUCACACAAUUAGCAAAAAACAUCAACAUCUAAAAUGUAACAAAACACCUAAACUUCCGAAAACUGUCAAUGUUGAUGAACCAAAAUCUGUUACUGCACUUCAGAGAACCGGAACAGAUUUAUUAGAAUCAAGAGGAAGCGAAAAUGGAAAAGAGCUAUCAGAUAUAAAUGAGGACAUCCAUACACAAACCGAUUCACAACYUAAGCUAGAUACCACCUAUGCUGCUGCUUCGCUUGCAGGAAUUUCCCUAUUUGGUACUAUAUUAUAUAAGUAUGGACCCUUUAGAAAUCGGUUCAAUUCACGAAGAGGAGCAAUAAAUGGAAGUAAUAUAUUUCCUAUAGAUAACCACGUAUAUGAUGCGAACACAAUGACUAAUUUUGAAUAUUUACAAACUGGUAUACCAAAUGGUGAAUAUCAAGUUGGAUACGGCUCUGUAACAGAUUACUAA